AUGUCGAUGUCUGCCCUCCGAACAGCGUUGAGGACGCCUUUGCGCCAGCGCACACCCCUCAUGGCCGCUUGCGCCUCCGCCUCCGCCACCAGGACCGCUGCCGUCACACGUCGACCCUACACAACCACAUUCUACAACACGGAUGUAGCUGGCCUCACGGACGAUCAGCUCGAGCUCCGCGAAGCCGUGUCGUCCUUUGUUGCUGCCGAGCUGCCUGCUGAGAAAACAGCGGCGAUCGACCGCGACAAUGCGAGUCCGAAGGACAUCUGGACCAAGCUAGGCGAUAUGGGGUUGCUUGGCAUCACGGUGCCUGAGGAGUUCGGGGGAUUGGGUAAGGGGUAUCUGGAUCACACGAUUGUGAUGGAGGAGCUGUCGCGCGCGUCUGGCUCGGUAGCGCUUAGUUAUGGAGCCCACUCGAACCUGUGUGUCAACCAGCUCAAUCGGCACGGAACGCAGGAGCAGAAGGAAAAGUACCUUCCCGAUCUCAUCAGCGGCAAGAAAGUGGGCAGUCUGGCCAUGUCUGAGCCCGACGCCGGAUCGGACGUUGUCUCGAUGACGACCACGGCCACUCUCAAGGGUGACAAGUACGUCCUCAACGGCGGCAAAAUGUGGAUCACCAACGCGCCGGUUUCGAGCACAUUCAUCGUGUACGCCAAGACCGAGCCGCGGGCAGGUUCCAAGGGCAUCACGGCGUUCAUCGUCCCGCGCGACACACCGGGCUUCAGCGUCGCUUCCAAGCUCGACAAAGUCGGCAUGCGCGGCUCCGACACGGCGCCGAUCCACUUUGACAACGUCGAGAUCCCCACCUCGAACGUGCUCGGCCAAGUGAACCGUGGCGCGGCCGUGCUCAUGUCCGGCCUGGACCUCGAGCGCCUCGUCCUCUCUGGCGGGCCGCUCGGCAUUGCUCAAGCCGCGUUCGACUAUGCGGUCAACUACGCACACGAACGCAAGCAGUUCGGCCAGCCCAUCGCCGAGUUCCAGCUGCUGCAGGGCAAGAUCGCCGACAUGUACACCAAGCUCAACGCCGCCAGGAGCUACGUCUACGCCGUGGGGCGCGCGUGCGAUGCGGGCAAGAUCAGCAGGCGCGACUGCGCCGGCAGUAUCCUAUAUUCGUCCGACAGGUGUGUUGAGAUCACCACCGACGCCAUGCAGAUGUGUGGCGGGAACGGGUAUACCAACGAGUACCCCGUCGCGCGCUUCUGGCGCGACGCCAGGCUGUAUACCGUCGGUGCGGGAACGCAGGAGAUCCGGAGGAUGCUUAUUGGCAGGGAGUUCAACCAGCAGCUGAAGGCCUAA